GGCUGCGGGGUAGGGAGAGAGGCGCCGGUGCGGAGCGGUCUGGCGCUGUCGCCGCCAUGGGGCGGUACUCGGGGAAGACGUGCCGCCUCAUCUUCAUGCUGGUGCUCACCGUCGGCUUCUUCGUGGCCGAGCUGGUGUCGGGCUACCUGGGCAACUCCAUCGCGCUGGUGUCCGACUCCUUCAACAUGCUGUCGGACCUCAUCUCCCUCUGCGUGGGUCUCUCCACGGGGCGCAUCGCCCGCCGGAGCCGCCGGGGCCCCCGCGCCACCUACGGCUACAGCCGGGCCGAGGCGGUGGGGGCCCUCAGCAACGCCGUCUUCCUCACCGCCCUCUGCUUCACCAUCUUCGUGGAGGCCAUCCUCCGCCUGGCCCGGCCCGAGCCCAUCGAUGAUGCCCAGCUGGUGCUCAUCGUCGGUACCCUCGGCCUCGCUGUCAACCUCGUGGGGCUCCUCGUCUUCCAGGACUGGGGAGCCUGCUGCCGCCGCCGCCGUCACCAGCCACCUGCCCCACUGCCCGCUGCUGCCAUGCUGCCGGCCAUUCCUGGCAGCGCCCCGACGGGGCAGACGGAUGAAGCAGGUGAUGCACCAAAUGACCAAAAAAGCCCUGGAGAGGGGCCUGAGAAGAAAAGAGAGAGGAAGUCUGAAGCCUUAAACAUCAGAGGUGUUCUUUUGCACGUUAUGGGAGAUGCACUUGGAUCAGUGGUUGUGGUAGUUACUGCUACAAUCUUCCAUAUACUUCCUCUGGAGGGUGCUCCGUGUAAUUGGCAGUGCUACAUUGAUCCAAGCCUGACAGUAAUUAUGGUGUUCAUCAUCUUGUCUUCUGCAUUCCCACUUAUCAAGGAGACCUCAACUAUUUUGUUGCAGAUGGUUCCCAAAGGUGUUAAUAUGCAACUACUGACUGACAGACUAGCUCGUGUUCCAGGGGUUAAGAGCCUUCAUGAGGUGCAUGUUUGGGAGCUUGCAGGUGGGAAGAAUAUCGCUACUCUUCAUAUCAAGUGCCAAACCCCUACUGAUUACCAAGAUGCUGCUUAUAAAAUACGGAAGGUUUUUCACGAAGCAGGGAUCCAUUCUGUGACCAUCCAGCCUGAGUACGUUGACCACAAGACCUCCCAUCUACUGUGCAGCUCACCCUGCAUCUCAAAAUCCUGUGACUCUCAGCUGUGCUGCAGUCAGCGGGAGCACCCUCUGGCUAAAACUAACGGCCGUACAAAGAAAAACGAUAGUUGCCUUUCUGCACAGCUUAAAGACAAUGGUUCAAGUAAAAGUGAUAUUGAAAUCCCUAUCGAGUACCCACAGGCAGAGGAUGGCAUUAAAAAUGUGAAAAAUUGUGGCAUGUCUGAUGACAAAUCACAGUUGAGCAGUACAAGACUUUAAGCAAUUCCUUCUACUCUGUGUAAUGUUUUCAUAGAACAAACGUAUGCUGGCUGGGAAGAGGGUCAUCAGUGGCUGUAGCUGGAGUUGGCAUGGCAAAAAGAUUUCUGUGCUUUAGCUGUAAACCAAAACACACCUAAAACACCUUUGUAUCUGAAAUCAGGAUUAAUAUUUCCAUGAAGGGUGUUGCAUUCAUCUAAGAUUUUUCUGAUACAGCCUAACCCAGUUCCUUACCAAACUGUGUGUGAAUUUCUGUUGUUGAAGUGGACGAGGUGUAUUGCUGUCUGCACUGAUGCUUGCAGUUAAUGGCCAGUGGCACUGGGAAUGAAACUCUGGCCUUUUCUGCUGAAGCAAGCUGUUUCCUGAAAGCCCUGUGGCCAGUUAACAAUUGUACGGGACUGAAGUACUGUAUAUUUAUAACGGACUUCAGCAGAGGUGCUUUACUGAUCCUUAAACCCCAUUUUUGCAUAGAAAAUUCAUUUUUAACAGUGGUGUGUGCUUUUGGCCAGUGGGGUUUGUGAAUGAAAUUAAAAGUGUCUAAGGGGGAAGGGAAGCACUCAGGAAUUUUGACUUGCAUUGUUUUUUUGACUGACUCCUGUAUUUAGGGAGAGAGUAGAAGCUGGUCUUGCUUCUCUACUGGUAAUGCUGGAGUCCUAGCCUAAUCACAGAUAAGCAUGCUAAAGAAUAGAUCUCUUGUCAUGAAAGCAAAGAAAUACUUAUUAAUGUUGUCUGUACUGAAUCUAGGAAGUGGAAAGGCAGUCAUCCAGUUAACUUUUAUCUUGUUCACUGUUGUGAUUGCACAACUCAGUCUCUUUUAUUAUUUUUUUUUCCUUCUGACAAUGGAAGUUAUAAUAGCCACAGUCUUAAUUCAUCAUUGUGCAGUAUGGUUGCAGUAUGUUUAACACUGAGUGUCUGUCAUUAUUCAUGCUGAAUAAAUAAGCUAAUAUGUUUAUUAUGAACAGUUAAAAUUCUGCAGUUCAAUUCUUGAGACACAAUUCAAUAUUGUGUUAAGAAAGUCCCUUUAAAGUUUUAUAUGCAGUGUUAUCACAUAGAGGAUGCUUUAAAAAAAAAAAAAAAAAAAAAAAAAAAAAAAAA